AUGGCGACCACCGAGUUGAUAAAAGCAUUUUUCGAAGAAGUAAAUGAAAGAGUGAGCAGUAUUUUCAAGAAAUGUGAUUUGUUACUUUGCACUCUCGCUUUUCUCUGGUUCAUGUUCAUAUGGGAGUUGUACCUGGCCUACAGACAGAGAAAAAUCUUUAAAAAUGUAACUGUGAGGCCGAAAGUGAUUGAAUCAAUAAUGGACAGUGAAAGUUUUGAGAAAGCACGUCUGUACAACUUGGACAAGAGUAACUUUGCGUUCUGGUCCGGUCUUUACAGUCAGAUCGAAACUACUGUCAUUAUAUGGUUCUUCCUGCUUUCUUAUGCCUGGGACUGGUCUGAGAAUAUAGUUGUCUAUUUUGGCCUCAAUAAAGACUAUGAAAUCACACAAUCCUUGGUUUUCACUUCCAUAACAUCUCUCUAUAGUCUCAUAACGUCACUGCCCUGGAGUUUAUAUUCGACAUUUGUCUUGGAGCAGAAGCACGGAUUUAAUAAUCAACUCAGGAAAGCUAACAUGCCAGAAACAGAUGAGAAUUUGAAACUAAAUUCUAAAAAUUCAAAGAGAGGUGAUGAUUUGGUGUUGAGGAAAGAUGACGACGAUGAUAAUGCUGGCGAUGAAGUGGACGUUAGAGAGAGAUUAAUUAAGGAGAGAGAGGCGAACGAUGAAGAAGAUAGUGAAAAAGAUUCGAAAGCUGCAGAGGCUGCGACAAUGGCAGCAACGACGUCGUCUCAGGAGGAGAAGGAAAAAGAGAAGAAGAAAAAGAUGGGAUGCAACGUCAACGAGAUAUUAGGAGUCCUGGCUCAUGAACUUGGACACUGGAGCUACAACCACAUCCUCAAGAAUUUAAUUUUCUCACAGGUUAACCUUUUCCUGAUGUUCUUCCUGUUCGCUAUCUUCUCCAAUAACAAGAUCCUCUAUGAGUCAUUCGGCUUCGUCAACGAACAGCCAACCAUGAUCGGAUUGGUGAUAAUAUUUCAAUUCUUACUCUCACCAUACAACGAGUUGUUACAAUUCGUGAUGAUAGUCUACAGCAGAAGGUGCGAGUUCCAGGCUGACGGCUUCGCGUGCAAGUUAGGCUAUUGUAGGUACAUAAAAUCGGCUCUGGUGAAGUUGAAUCUUGACAACUUAUCAUUCCCCAUCACUGACAAACUCUAUUCCACUUUUCAUUACUCCCAUCCUCCACUGCUUGAAAGGCUCUCCGCCAUGGGGGGUGCCGACACUGAUACUGGUGACGGUAACGCCGUCUAUCAAGUUGCUAUAUACAGUGCGCAGAUUUUAACAUGUGUGAAGCACUCAUCAGCUAAACCACUUUAUUUUUACAACUUUCUAACUUAUGAUCUGCUAUUAAAGAAGAAGCAUUACACAAUGCUGACGAUUGUGUUCAAGCUCUGCUCUGACAUCUAUGAGAAAAUGGAAAAAAUUUUUUUUAUGUGGUUCUACGCAAUGGUUUAUCUGUGGUACUGGUCGGGAAUAUUGAUGGGGGCAAAAAAUAUAAACCAGGAAGAUGAGCCAUUGAUAUAUUUCUUCAAAGUUUACAUCCUGACGUUUGUACUGUUGGCCUGCUUUCUCUACCCUCUCUUUACGUUGUUUGUAUUUCUAGCCAGUCUUUGGGGAAACAUCGUUUUUCUAUUCGUUUGGAUCAUUGUGGUGGCCUCUUGUUUGAUCUUUUACUCUGCAUAUGUCUGCUUAUGCUCUAAUAAGUGGGGAGUGAUUGCUGAUUUCCCUGACUGUCCCCUAACUGUCAGAAUUAGGACGUUGUUUGAAUCGGCCAAGAUGAACGUAGACCAUAUUUAUUUAGUACUCAGCCCGGUGGAUGCGCCACCAGUUGAAGUCGUUGGGCCAUGGAGGCAUACGUCGAUUAGGAUCAGUGGCAUCUUCCUCAAUACGAAGUACGCCGACCUAAUUCGAACGGUUAAGAAGAAGGGCAACGAGGAGAUAGGUUUGGGGAAACCUACGAAUUCACCUAAUUUAGACACAGACAAAUCGGGUUUAAUAUUGCCGCCCUUAUCCAUGGCUUCGCCGUUUAUAAAUUUGACAAAUUCGAACAAAAAUCAUCCGAAGUUAGGUUCAAGUUACUAUAGAGGCGAUUUUAGCCCGAGUAGGGGUGGUUACGAUAGAAGUGAUAACAUCGGUGACAGCAGAUACAGAGAUGUCAUUUUCAGUGGCACUGAUGAUGCUAAUGAUUUAAGCGUCAUGAGUGAAACUGAUACUGGCGAUAUAACCAAUGCUACUAUAAGUAGUAGUAGUAGUAAAAUUAAUAAUAAUAUCGCUUAUUAUAAUAAUAAUAAUAACAGUGUUAAAAGUAAUCUUAAAGUGUUAAACUGUCGUCUUAGGAGAAAACAUAAAUUACUUUAUAACGAUUACCAGAGCACUAAACUCGUUAACAGUAAUUCUAAUGAUAGUGAUAAUUACUGUAAUGAUAAUGACUCCAGGGAACGUUUCGUCGAUAACUUCAAUAAAUUUGGUGAUAACAAUAAUACUAAAAGUAUUGAUCACAAUUUUAAUGAUAAUAAACAAACCGGUACUGAACAGAUCACUACUGCUGACGAUAAUAAGCAUAAUUAUAUUAACGCAGAUAGUAAUAAUGAAGAUAAUUAUGAAAGUACGAAGAAUAUUAAUAUGAACUCUUUGAAGAGUAGGUCGCUAUCCGGUCUGAUGUUCAUUGAUAAGACCACUAAGGGAGCGAGUCAGGCAUUUGACGGUUUUACUGGCAGCAUUAGACGCCCAUCUUCUCUAGUCCAGAGUUUCAAGCCAGUGAGUUUGAGUGACGAUGAGAUUUUAGCCCUGGCGGCAUUUGCGAUGGUAUNUCUUGUUUUAUCAAAUCUGUUACAACGUUACACAGUAUACAAAUGCGACGAGCAGGUCACCAGGUUAGGCCAUGGUGACGGGUUGGUACUAGCUCUUAAGUCUCUUAGUAAGGCCCAAUACGGGGAUGUGCGUUGCAAAUGUGUUUGCUCGGCUACUAAUCAGAAUUCAACGAUUUCCUACAAAAAGAUCUACGUGCAGUCAUUCCACGAUCCAAGAAAUUGUAAAUGUGACAAUGUGGUCGACAAGCCAGUUCUGAACAACCAUCCACACUUUUGUGACAAAUGUGAUUGCCAGUGGCAGAGAAGAAAUACAAUGACCAUUAAAGUAGUGGUAAUAUUCAUAAUAUGUGUUGUAUCGAUCCUUGUCCUAUAUAUGAUUUUUCUAAUUUGUCUGGACCCCCUCCUGCCAAGAAGAGAUGUACCAUACGUUGAGCAUAAAAAUGAUGAGGUCAGGAAUUAUCACAGACAACUUCUAAACAUCCAGCAACCACAAAGUCAGCAUCCAGGAUCACCCAUGGCGACAUCGGCGGCCAUUUUAGGUGCGUCCGCCUCUAUUAACGAUGACGACGAUUCCGGAAGGGAUUUUCCGGUUGAGAGUGGUUCCGUGGGGCUGUCCGGAAGGCAGGGGUUCGGUGGGGGCGUGUUUAUGAGGAUGAAGAAUAAGAUGUUUGGAGUUAGGGAUGAACAGGCUAAGUGGAAAGAAACCGUUGAAGAUCAGAGAAGGCAUAUAUAUGAUGCACAUACAAUGCUUAAUUGAGUCUGUGUGUGUUUGUUCGUGUGUGUGUGUCUGUGUGCGUGUGUGUUUGUGUUCGUGUGUGUGUAUAUGUGUUUGUGUUUUUUUUUCCUUCUAGUCUUAUUAUCGGUAGAUGUUGAUAGAUCAGAUUAAAUUUAAUUGAUGAUGGGUUGAUAAGGAUGAUGAUAUGGAUGAAUCUGGGUUUGUGGUUAAGUGUGGAGCUGUGUAUUUAUUUAUAUAUUGAUUAGUUGUGUUAUACUCAUUCAACAAAACACCGUUCAUUUGUUUGUUUGGGUGUGUUGUUUUUCAUUCAUUCAUUCAUUGUCAUUGAUAACAUUUAAAAAUAUUACAGCGUUAUUGAUAACAUUUUAUUCUCUGAAUCAGUCAUUCGAUAUUGUUAAACUAGUUAA